UUUCUCAAAACCAGAUUUGUACUUGGUGUUUGUAUCGCAACACUCAAUCUCAAUCGUUGACAUUCCAGCAUUAUCCGGACGAAGGAGGCUUCGUGUGUCACGAGGGGACGCCAAUCUCGAAUCUGCCUCGCCAUGGCCAAGUGCACUGCGUGUGAGAAGGCCGUGUACUUCAACGACACGCAAGUCAAGCCCAAGGACGGCCUUGUGUACCACAAGGCGUGCUUCAAGUGCCACGAGUGCGCGUCGCAGCUCACGAUCGCCUCGUACACGUACUUUGGCGAGAAGCUCCUCUGCAAGACGCACUACAUGAUGGCCUUCCAGACCACCAACUCGUACGGCGGUGACGAGCGCUUCAAGAAGCAGAAGGACGAGAACGUCCUCCUCGCUGCGCCCGCGCCGACGGCCUAAACACUAGACGCCACGACAGUUUUGCUCGUCCGCCGCCUACUUGUGUAUGCCUAAUCUAUUCUGCGACUUCGUGUCUUCUUCGCCCA